AUGCUCCGGCUCAGGGGUCCCCGGUGCCCCUCGGCGCUGCUGCUGAUGCUGAUGCUACUGGUGGUGGUCGUGGCCAGCGGCCGAGGAGCCCAGGAAUGCCUGGAAAGAGCUGUGUCCACCGCUGGAGAGCUGGAGCUGCUGCCAGAGGGACGGGGACGUUUUCCACGGGAGUGGAAAUCAGUGGAAUGGAAAGUGAAGACGGAUGAAGGAAAAUGGAAACGCAUCCUGACGGCCUGGAAGGAUGGACGUGUCUCCUACACCGGCGGUUCUUUUCCUGGGAGAGUUGUUUUCCAGCCAGACACCCUCUCCCUGAGGAUCUCCCCGGUUAGAAAGGAAGACAGGGGGGUCUAUAAGGUCGAGUUUGAGGAUCCAUCAGGCACUGUCACCCAUCUGUCCUUCUGUGUGUCGGUGUGGGAUCCCAUUCCCUGGGUGGAUCUGCAGGCACAGGUUCUUCCCUGGGAGCAGGGCUGGUGCAACAUCUCCCUGACCUGCAGCGUUCCUGCUCCUGGCAACGUCUCCUACAGCUGGAAGUGCAGGGAUCCCCCCACGGCCCUGGAGCAUCCCCAGCUGUUCCUGCAGGUCCCUGUGGAUGCUGAUCCCACCAUCUGCCUCUGCAAUGUGAGCAACCCCGUGAGCUGGAGCACGGCCAGCGCUGACAUCGUGGCUCUCUGUCACCACUCAGAUCUUUCCCCCCUCAUCCUGUGGUCUGCAGUGACCUCGGCCAUGGGACUGACCCUGCUCCUCCUGGUUGUCACCUGCUGCUGGUGGAGGAAGAGAAGGAAAAGCCCCCCAGAAGCCCCCCCUGGACCCGUGGAGGAGCCAUUGACCAUCUACGAGGAGGUGGGAAGCGACAAAACCAGCCAAGACCCCAACGGCACCUUUGAGGCCCCCCAGGCACCAAACACCGUGUACGCCGUGGUCUGCCCCACAACACAGCAGGAGGACCGGCAGCAACCUGGAAGCUGCACCAUCUACUCCACUGUCCAGCUCAGCAGGAGGUCUCCUUCUCUCAGGAGGAAGAGGCUGGACCCAGCUUUGGUCUCCACUGCCUAUUUAGAGGAUCUGGGCGGUCCCCGACCCUGGCGCCCCUCUUUGCGGACCCCACCCCCACCUCCUGCCAGUCUCCACCUCUCCUAA